AUGUACUGCACCGUAGCCCAGCCCCAAACCCCAAACCCAGACCCAUACAUACCUCAAAUCAGGGCCGCCUCCCGCCAGCUAGCGCGCGAGUGGGGUUUCUUCCGCUCAACGUAUGCAGACACCAGCCUCUCGCCGGCAGCAAUACACUGCCUGAUAGAGAUCGCCGAGAGGGGCGUGGCCACUGAUGCCGACCUACGCCAUGUCCUCCGCCUCGACGAGCACACUCUUGCCCGGACCGUGAGCGAACUCGUAGACGCCGGUCUGGUGGAGCCGGUUCUGGAGGGUGCCGAUGUGGCGAGCCGUCAAGUGACGAGCAGGGGCCGCGCCGUACUGGCUUCCAUCGAUGACAUGGCGACCGGCCAGGUCCAGACUGCCCUGACCGCCGCCGAGACGGUCGACCCGGCCGCGGCAGCCACCAUCGUGAGCGGUCUGCAGCUGUACGCAACGACCCUGUACGCCUUGCGGAUGCGUCAGGAGGCGGCUCAGGCAGCCGCAGCGGCCACGGCGGCAAGCACAGCUGCUGCAACCGCGCAACCUGCACCGCAGCCAGCUGCCGUCACCAUCCACGCCGGCUACCGUCCGGGGCUGCUCGCACGCGCCAUGGACAUGAACACGGCAUUCUUCUCCACACACCACGGCUGGGGCAUGCAGUUCGAGGCCGACCUGUCCGCAUCGCUGGCUGAUUUGUUGAAGCGGCUGGAUCGGCCGCAAAACCAAGCCUGGACCGCGGUCGACUCCCAGACCGGCCGGAUCGUGGGCGUCAUCUUCAUCGACGGUGAGGAUCUGGGCCUGCCGGGCGUCGCGCACCUGCGAUCCUUCAUCGUCGACGACUCUGUCCGCGGCAGCGGGGCCGGGAGGAAACUUCUCGCGGCCGCGAUGGCGUUUGUGGACGAGGUCGGCUUCAAAGAGGUCAGGCUUAACACGAUACGGGAGCUGGGUGCCGCGAGGAGACUGUACAAGACAUUUGGGUUCCUCGAGGCCAGCGAGGUGGAGGUGCACGAGUUUGGCAUAGUUUUUGACAAGAUGCAGUGUGUCUGGAAAAGGCCAGGGUUGCCGUCUACUGACUGA